GUGGGCCGAUAUCGGCAGAGUUAACAAAAAUACAUGAUAGUUAGCCAUAUCAUGUCUAAAGCAAGAAGACGGAUGGUCAUAACCAUGUGUCAUUCUGUGCGGUACGGUUAAGUUCAUUUUUUCGAGCUUCCAAGUCUGCGUCUCUUUAGAAAGUCAGUACCUACUAAUCGUUGGGAGAAAAAGUAUAAAUUAAGGUCUGUAAUUGAGGCUAUCCUUUCAGCGUGCUUGUUUAUCUAAACGCUUACUCAUUAUCAAGCGCCCGGUUGACAUAAGGUACACUAAGUACCAGUUUAAAUCGCUAUCUACAACGCGAAACGUUCCAAGCGUCAGGUCUCUCUUGGGGGUGGCGGGAGGUCUAACACCCGCUGCAGUGUUUAGCGUCAAUCUCAUACUUUUUAAUACGCGGCUCAAGCGUAAUAACGGGUCAUGCCUAUGUUCAGCUAUCUGACAAACUAGUUGACUUCUUUUUUUAAUAAUUAAUCACAGAUGUCAAACGAAACAAAAAACAACAAAGACAAUCAGAAAUCUGAUGAGCAUAUUAUUAACUUCAUUUUAAUACAUAAAGCCUUACAACUGGGGUGUUAAAAUGGUGUCAAAGUAUUUAACGCCAAAGAAAGUGUAUGAUGCGAUGACUCGUGUCACCAGCUUGGACCUCGUGGUGUUAAAAUGAUCUUUGCGACGAUUUACUGAACUAAGUUGCUCAGCAGAGUGUAUCAAAGCAAGUUAUUUAAAAAUUAAGGUGUCAAAUCUCCCCAGGGGGGCAUGUGUUACAAAAAAUGUCUAAAAUUUCAGACAUUUUGCCAGGGGCUAGUACCCUGCUUAGCUGUGUCUCACACCUAAUGAGUGGGUGGCAGGUGGUAGUAGAAGCCACGCUCUUAGCUCGUCGUAGGGUAAGAACUAAGUUUAAACCCCCUUAAUGAGUGAAAAGAACGAAGUUAAAUAGGAUUUCCCAAUGACAUGCGCUAGCAUUAGUUAUAUUCUCCUUACAACAUAACUACCCAGCUGACCAGAUGCUAAGGGAAACCAAUGCCCAUCAACUAUCGGCUGAGCGAGUGCCUUGAGGAACCAAAAAUACACACAGAAACAUUUGAAUAAGAAAUAGUCGGCUGAAACAGUUGAUGAACUGUGUCAGCAAAACAAAAGCAAUGAACAUACGUACACUCUACGAUAGAAGGUGGCUGCCUUGUAUUUCACAUCUUCACCAGAUAUUUAAUUUAGAAAUUACCAUCUAAACGUUACUGAACUAGAAAACAGCAGAACAAAGUGAGUUUGAAGUCGGUUUAUGUUUGGCCAUUUACAUGGUUAAUUUCAGUUGGCAUCUUAGGUUUGUAUUAUGAAAAGGCAGAAAGCUUUAUUUGCCCACAUGUGUAACUAUUUGCCUUUGACUCAAUUUUAUUGAAAACUUUUCACUUAGAGUAUUUGCACAGCUUAACUGCCCUUUACAGAGUCGGAGCUUAGAAGAGCUUAAACCCUCUUUCGUAUUGCGUGCUUUUGCUAUCAAAACAUGAAAUCUAGGUUUUAAAUCGGAACUGUUAACCGCAGCAAUUCCCUCCUCGUUUUUCUUUUUUAAUAGCUUUCUUCCUCCACUGUCUCCGUAAAUAUUGGCCUCGAGCUAUCUGAUCCUUAAAAUUUUAAUCUCGUGGAACCUUUUAAGAUAUAACGAGGAUUAAAACGCAUUGGCGGAAAUUUAAAAGCCCAAAUGCGCAGCAUAUUUCAUCAGAAGACGUCUUAAUCUCACUUUUGUGGUUUGUCGCUAAUACCGCUUGGGCUCUUCGUCUCGAGUGUCACAGAUUCAUCCCGGCGUGUGUCUGGUGAUAAGAUUAAAAGAAACGCAUUCAAAUUUCAGACAAAGAGCGAAAAGAGACUACCCAAUUUUACUAACUUUUAUUUUACAGAUAAUCAUUUAUUCCCGUGGCGCCAGAACAUGAAAGAACUAUUGUCUUCAAGAAUGAUGAUUAGAAUUUUCAUAAAAUCAAAAACACACCUGCCCGAGGCAAUUCACUUUAACUCUUCAAUAAUUGAUGAAUUCCAAUUUCGCCAAAUGUUUACGCGGCCAUAGCGAUCGAAAAGAACAAUUAGGAUCCAAAAGAAACAAUAGAGGCUGAAAAACGGAGGAUGUAAUUGAUUUUGAAGCAUUACUGAAGCUGCCCAGCCCAAACAACGAAAAAUUGGUCAAAGUCGGCGCCGUAAAUGACAAGAAAGUGGCUUUAAUAUCAAUGGAUUUCAUUUUCGAAUCUCAGCAGAGGUAAAGGUAAAAGUAAAUGUUACUUUGGUCAAGUCGCUCCACUUUGUAACCAGUGUGAUUUUAUGUUUAUGUUUAGCAGUACGUCAUUUCCGUAUCAUUCACUUCCGUUCUGAUUGAGAAAGCCGCUGCACGAUUCCAAACAGUUCGACGCGUGUCACAGAAAUGAAGAAGAUUGGACAUGGCUUGGAAAAGUUGGAUUUUCUUCGUUAAAUUGGCCACGAUUCUCUUCCGUAUCUCAGUGGAAGAUAGAGCCAUCUUGCUAGAAAGACCUACACCUGGUGUGACUGGUCCACAGAGCUGGUACUGGGAGACAUCACAUAGUGAGGGCCAUGGAUCAGGGUGGUCAACCUUUCCCUCUGACAGUGGAACAUUUAGAUAUACUGUCUGUGACAUUGGUGUACAACAGCCAAGCAACUGGAUAUGGAGUUAUGGCAUUGAUCACAACAAACUUAAAAGAAUUGAUAUUGCAAUCAACUACUCAAUGAAACGAUGUGCAUUGUAUGACGAUGCUAAUGUAAGAAAAUUCUGCUCUGAAAGGUUUGAUGUUUAUGGUUAUCAGUCAAAUCAGGAACCAAAUAAUUCAUAUUCUGAUCCAAGAAAUGGACACUACAGCAAAAUGGAAACAAUUUCAUUACCAAGUAAUUCAUCUAACCAGUCUGUCAGUGUACAAAACAUUGCAGAGAUGUCCCUUUUCAUCAAGGAAAGAACUUCAAAAGUCUUCCUUGCUAUUCAUGACCAAGGAGCUUGUCUUGUGGUAAACUCCAUUGUGGUGACAUAUAAUGUUUGUCCAAGGAAGACUUUACCUGAUAGUCUUGUAUUGUUGCCUCAGACAAUUGCUCCAGUUAAUGAAUCUAAAAUUGUAAAAGUUAUGGGUAAAUGUGCAGCCAAUUCAGAACCUACCGCACCAGAAUUGGGUGCCAACUGUGGUAGCAGUGGAGAGUGGGUCAGAGGAGAUGUUUCUACAGGUGAAUGUCUUUGUAUAGCUGGAUGGGAGAAAGUUGCUUCUGAAUGCCAAGUGUGUGCACUUGGCUAUUUCAAAGACAAGCUUGGAAACGUUAAAUGUUCCAAAUGUCCAGAACAUAGCGUCGCGGGCACAGGCAGGAAAAGUUGUAAAUGCAAGCGAGGAUUUUUUCGAGCGACGUGGGAACGUUUUUCAGAUAAUUGCACAGGUAUUCCUUCUGCGCCAAGACAUUUACGAAAGUUGGACUUUAAUCAGACAACAGUGAGCCUAUCUUGGUCGCAACCUCGUCACCUCGGUGGCCGAAAUGAUUUAUUUUAUGAGAUCGAAUGCAAGAUCGUGUGUCGGGAAGACGAAUUAAGCUGCAGUCAAGACUGUGGAACACAAGUACUCUUUCUACCCAGACAAGGAAACUUUUCGCAAACCAAAGCGACUGUAACCAACUUGUUUCCACGAACGGGGUACAUAUUCAAGAUAUACGCAAAAAAUGGUGUCAGUGCAGUAGCAGAGAAAGACGGAUACUCUUCCAAGUUUGCGACAUCAGAAGUCACUACGUUGGAAUCAGCUCCUGAAAAACCCGAGGUAACAAUAAGGAGAACUGAUAGCACCUCUGUGAUUGUAUCAUGGACUCUAAACAAUGGCAAUGAAGGCAUCCAUUACUACCUUGUGACAUACCGUAAAUUAUCAGAUGGCUCAGAUGAGCACACAAUCAACACAACUCAAACUAAAAUCGAAAUAACUGGACUUGAACCUGGUGUUGAGUACGAAUUCGAGGUGAGUGUCCAGUCAGUUGUGUGAUUGUCCAGUCAGUUGUGUGAGUGUCCAGUCAGUUGUGUUCUCAGCUACAUUUGACUGAGUUAAUUUUUGAAACAUAAACCGAAAGACAAUCAAAAGGACAACAAGAGGAAAGGAUCUUGUUU